GGUGGAAAAAUCCCCAUAAGGUGGACUGCUCCUGAAGCUAUAGCUUAUCGGAAGUUCUCUUCGGCAAGUGACGCGUGGAGCUAUGGGAUUGUAAUGUGGGAGGUGAUGUCCUACGGUGAGAGACCGUACUGGGAGAUGUCCAACCAGGAUGUUAUACUGUCUAUUGAAGAAGGCUACAGGCUUCCAGCUCCCAUGGGCUGCCCAGCUUCUCUUCACCAACUAAUGCUUCACUGCUGGCAAAAGGAGAGGAACCACCGUCCAAAAUUUAGUGACAUUGUCAGCUUCCUAGACAAACUGAUCCGCAAUCCCAGCACCCUUCAUACCCUCGUGGAGGACAUACUUGUAAUGCCAGAUUCACCUGGUGAAGUUCCAGAAUAUCCUUUGUUUGUUUCAGUCAGUGACUGGCUAGACUCCAUAAAAAUGGGUCAGUAUAAAAAUAACUUCAUGGCAGCAGGUUUCACAACUUUGGAUAUGGUUUCAAGAAUGAGUAUUGA